AUGCACUACUCCAACACACCGUUUGUGCAGCCUUUUUCAAAAAAAGUUCGUCCUUUAUGGCGACUAUCUUUGCCACUGCCUUUAUCUAUGAGCUUUCUUUUGACGGACUUUCUGACCGUAUGUGGGAUUCUGUCAACAAGGGUACACAAUGCUUCUCUGCAAACACAACUACGUCUAAAUUCUACAGGUGCUCCUCGAACAUUCGAUAAUCAUGAAAAGCUCCCUCGACUCCCGAUCCCGUCUUUGCAAAACUUGGCUGACAAAUAUCUUUCAAGCUGCAAGCCGCUUCUUUCAAGUGAGCUUUUUAGCGAGUCAGAGACUCGAGUCAAGGAAUUUAUUGCCCCUAAUGGACUUGGUGAACGACUCCAAGAACGCCUUAUUGAGCAUGAUCUGAAGGAACCAAACUCGUGGUUGGAGGGUUUUUGGCUCAAAGCAGCCUAUUUAGGUUGGCGUGAAUCAUUGUUAACCAAUUCCAAUUGGUGGUGCUUAUUUGUCAAGCCUCCAAAUCAGCCUGUGGAUCUCUUAAAAAAGCAUCCUCCGUCUGGAGUACUAAGUUCAUUCCAGAUUCAGCGUGCUGCUGGAAUUAUUUCAAAUGCCUUGACUUUUAAAGAUCUGUUAGACAGUCAGCAGAUUCCACCAGAAUACAGCGGAUCUACUCCACUGUGCAUGAAUCAAUACCGUAAUCUGUUUUCCACUACAAGAGUUCCAGGAAAAUAUGAAGAUCUUUUAAUUUCCAAGCACCCUUCAAGGUCUACUCACAUCAUCGUACUGACAAAAGACCAAAUAUACAAAGUCGAGGUUCUUGACAAGAAUGGAUCUCGUGUUUCUCUUAAGGAAAUUGAAAGACAAUUAUAUGCAGUCGGCCAAAGUAGUUUAGAAGCAGCUCCACAACCAGCUGUUUGUAUUCUGACUGCUGCUCAUCGUGACGUAUGGUUCAAGGCAUACUCAAAGCUAUGCAGUUUAAGCUCUACCAACCAAGAUAAUUUCAAGGCAAUAAACGAGGCUCUUUUUGCAGUGUCUCUAGACGACCACGCUAGUUUCCAUAAUGUCAAUGCAUCACAUUUGCAAAUGUUCCAUAAUCGUGGCGGAAGAAACAGAUGGUUUGAUAAAGCGAUAUCGUUUAUUAUUUCGUCUAGCGGCCAGGCUGGUGUAAAUGGCGAGCAUGCCUCCGCAGAUGCUGUUGUUCCAGGCAACCUGAUUCGCUUUAUUGUUUCACAUGAGCCCGCUACAGAUCCUGUGAAUGCCAACACAACCACACAACUCCCAGCACCACAAAGACUUGAUUGGACAAUAGACGAUGAGAUUCAGCAGUGUAUCUCUACUGAAAUACAGUUGGCUAAAACUAUGUCUGCAUCUAUUGAUAGUUGUUUGCUUCACACUGAUGUAUAUGGAUCUCGCUUUAUCAAAGAGGUUGCUAAAACGAGUCCAGAUGCGUAUAUACAACUGGUUCUUCAACUUUCAUAUUAUCGUCAAAGCGGAUCAGUUUCGGCUGUUUACGAAACGGUUUCAACAAGAGGAUUCAAACAUGGUCGUACUGAAACUGUGCGUAGCAUGUCGGCUGAGACGCGAGCAUUUGUGGAAGCAUUUGAUGAUGACAAUAUUUUGUAUGAUGAUAAGCGCGAUCUCUUUUCAAAGGCAAUUGCUACUCAGACCAGCUACAUGAAGCAAGCAGCAAAUGGACAGGGUAUUGAUCGACAUUUGCUUGGACUGCAAUCUAUGCUUACAGACGAAGAAAAGACCCAGCCUAGCAUUUUUAAUGAUGCUGGAUUUUCUGUUUCACAAACGUUUAAUCUUUCUACAAGCAAUAUGUCACCAGGAGAUCUCUUUUAUGGUGGUUUUGGACCAGCCACUUCCGACGGCUAUGGAAUCAACUACGCUAUUGACACGGACGAAAUCAAGUUUUCAAUUUCUUCACGAAACAGCUCUCGUACCGCAAAUGCGUUCAAACUACGAAGCACCAUUACUCGUACUUUGGUUGACAUGUUAAUCCUCUUUCCAAAAAGAACUGAGGUUUGGGGAUACGGCUGGCUUGAAAAACAUAAAAAGGAAAAAAAGGAUGCUAAUAUCUUUAAAAAAAUGCAAGAACUAAGCAACACAUAUCGGUCCAAUCAAAAGGUUAUUGCUGCACGGUACAAGAAUGGUUUGGGUAAGCAAAACUGAUUAGUAUUCAUGAUAAAGUUUAUCAAUAAAUCAGCUUUGUACGGG